UUAUGAAUGAAAUGUAUUGUGCGGUAUCAUUUACCUUUCGAUUUUCACGUGUUUAGCGCGCGAACUUGACAGGUGACAUGAAAAAAAAAGGAUAAGCUGAUACUGUGAAAAUAUACGUUUCACUUGUGCCUUAUAAAACUUACAUUGUUCGUUUCUUCUUAUUGCUCGUGUCAAAAAAGGAUCAAUUUUCGUGCAUAUCAUUAUUCGAUACGUGCUCUAUAAAAUAUGUCGAAAGAUAAGAGACGCACUGUCUCUGUGAUUCUAAGAAAGACUAGCGAUCAAUACUAUAGCUUGAUUAAUUAAUCAUUCGAACAAAAUUUAUGAUAUGGUGCAUUUUGGACAUGCAAAUUCAUUAAGGCAGGCUAAAGCAUUAGGAAAUUAUUUGGUGGUUGGUGUUCAUACAGAUGCAGAAAUUACAAAGCAUAAGGGUCCUCCAGUUUUUACAGAACAAGAGAGAUACAAAAUGGUUCGUGGUAUAAAAUGGGUAGAUGAAGUAGUCGAAGGUGCUCCUUAUGUUACUACAUUGGAAACAUUAGAUAAAUACAAUUGUGAUUUCUGUGUACAUGGUGAUGACAUAACAAUGACUGCAGAUGGAAUAGAUACUUAUCAUUUAGUUAAAGCAGCUGGUCGUUACAGAGAAGUUCAAAGAACGGCAGGAGUUUCAACUACAGAUCUUGUAGGGCGUAUGCUUUUAAUGACACGUCAACAUUUCAAACAAGGAGAUAGUGAAUAUACCGUUGAUAGAGAACCUAGCAAAAGUAUGGGUCAAGAUCGCACAGCGCGAAGCCCAUGGACUGGUUGUUCUCAGUUUCUUCCCACUACUCAAAAAAUUAUACAAUUUAGCGAUGGCAAAAGUCCUCAGCCAGAUGAUAAAAUUGUUUAUGUUGCUGGAGCAUUUGAUUUAUUCCAUGUUGGACAUUUAGAUUUCUUAGAAGUUGCAAAAAAAGAGGGUGACUAUCUUAUUGUUGGCCUCCAUACAGAUCCAGCUGUUAAUCGUUACAAAUGCGGUAAUCAUCCAAUCAUGAAUCUUCAUGAACGUGUUCUUAGUGUAUUAGCAUGUAAGUAUGUGAAUGAAGUUGUAAUUGGUGCUCCAUAUGAGGUUACUAAAGAUCUUAUGGAACACUUUAAUGUUUCUAUCGUGUGUCAUGGACAGACAUCAAUAAUGCCAUGUGAAGAUGGCUCGGAUCCAUAUGUAGAACCAAAAAGACAAAACAAAUUUAAGUUACUAGAUAGUGGCAAUGAUAUGACAACAGAAAAAAUAGUUGAAAGAAUAAUUCUACAUAGGUUGGAAUUUGAGGAUAGAAACUUAAAGAAGGAAAAAAAAGAGCUUGCAGCUUACGAAGCCUUUGUGAAAUCUAAAACAAAUGGAAGGACUACAUAAUAAAUUUUUGCAUAAUUACUAUGUGUGAUAAUCAAUUUUAUAGAAUUAAUUUGUAAAUAUAUACAGUCUCAGAUUAUAUUAAUUUAUUCAAUUUAGAAUAGAAAGAAAAUAGAAGUGUAAUUUUCUGAUUUUGAAAGACUAAUAUAUGAAGAAAUUAAAUUUUCUUUGGAACGUAUCAAAAAUUCGUCAAAAUAGAGUGACGAUAUGUUAUUAAUUUUCUGUUAAUUAUAAAGUAUCUAUUCAUUAUACAUAAUUUAAUGAAAAAAAUAUAUAACAUUUAAUAUCGUAUACAGUUGCUAUAUAUAAGCACAGUGUCUUACUAGUAAAUUAAAUGUUUUAUUAAUUUAUAUAAAUUAUGAUUUUACUGAGAUGAGUAAUUUUAUUAUUGAUUGCACAGUAACUUUAUUAAAAAUACGUAGUAUAAUACAUGCAAAUUCACUUGUGACUACUAAAUUACUAGAUUAUAUUUUAUGAAUACACAUUUGCUGGAAAACAUAACUAUGCAGUUAAAUGAGAUUGUCUCUAAUUUUUUUUCUUUAUUUAAUACACAUUGAAAUAAAAGUUUAAAUUAACAUUAUAUUUAAAAAAUGAAUUUUAUAUAUAUAUAUAUAUAUAUUGUUCAUAAUGUCAUUUGUUUAAAUUAUUCUUGUAGUCCAGUUGUUUUACUUUUGUGUGAAACAACUAUUCUAAUUUAAAAUAUUUUUUAUUUUUACUUUUUUUGUAGUUUAAUUAAAAACAAUUAAUUUAAAUAAAAUUAGACUAUAAUAUUAUCAAGUUAAGCUUUAUGGGCCUAUACAAAGACGUAACAAUGAUAUUGAGCCAAAGGUUGUAAUAUAAGUGUGUGGCAAUUGUUAAUAUUACGAAUCAUAAUGAAGUUAUAGGAUCGCUAAAUGUGUCUUUAUACAUCGAUAAACCAAAUAGGAAAAAUAGCAUCUUUAGGGUGAGUGCAAUACGCUUAUAAUUUUUCUGAGAUACAUAUACAUAUAAUAGCAUAUGCAAAUUCUCAAUUUACAUUUUUACAUAAUUUUAUUUAAUAUUUAUAAUUAUAUUUAUAUUUUUCAUUAUAUAUAUACACAAUAUACCUUAAGUUGAUAUUAAUCAACGGUUUAACUGUUAAUUUAAAAUUGAAAUUUUUAUUGUAAAGAAAAUAUGCUUCUCUCAUAAAAUAUGUAAAAAAAAAGAUAGUAUAUAUCACAGACUUCUUGUGAUAAUUAUAUUUAUUACGAAAACAACAAAACGUUUAAUAAUUUAUUUUAAAGCAGCGAAUAAUAACUUUUAAUUAGAAUUGUUGCACGACAUGUGUGCCUUCGAACAUUGUUUUUCUUCAUAAAAUAUGAAUAUCAAGUACUAUGUGUAAUGAUACAUUAUUGUAUUGAUUUUCUACUUAAUAUAAAGUUUUAAGUCUAUAUUAAUAAAUGUUGGUUCAAUAUAUUAUGCUUCAUGGGUCUGUUCGAAAAAUUGUGCAAACCAAAAAUAUAGAAGACAGAAAAUACAUGUCUCGUCGUUGUAAAGAUCGUCUAGAUCCAAUUAGCACAAAAUAGUGCAUGAAACAAUUGUUCAACUGGAACGAUCAUUUACUGAUAGAGAAAAGCAAAUCUAUCAGAAAUAUAGAAAAAUAAAAAAAAAGAAAUUAAGUUUCACAAUUGUUCGUUACUACGAGAUAUUGUACGAGGUCGAAUCGUAAUUCAUAAAAUUGUAACGAUAUCGUCAUAUUGUAUAGCAUAGUUUUAUGGGAGAAACGUCGUUACCAUUAAACGAAAUGUAAUGCAAGGAUAUUUGAUUAACCUUGUUUUAUUUUAUAAUAAAUAUAAUGCGAUUA